UUUUUUGUUUUUUUAUCUUUAAGAUUAUGAAGAUUAUGUAUAUAAAAAUUAAGGAUUAGUAUUUUGAUUCACAAAAGAAUCAUACAAGUUAAAAUUAAACACGAAUACGAGAUCAGUUUAAUUAAAAAAUUAGAAUUUCUACUAUUUCUACUUAUAUAUUAUUGCAUUUCUAUAUAUGAUUUAUUCUUUAAAGGGAUCAAAAUCACGUGCGGUAAAAAUUUGUGCGACUUGAUCAAAGUAUUUAUGUACAGUAGUACUUACCGUACUUGCCAUAGUUAAUUUUUUUAACACGUAAAUACGCGUUCUCUAAAAUUCUCAAUUUAACAAGUAUGAAUAAACGUACUAGUUCUUCUAGUCCUUCUCAUGAACUUAGUGAACUUAGUGAACUUAGACCUCAAAAGAAAAAUAAAUCUAAUAAUAAAACUAGUUAUAUUACGCGUACAACUCCACGUUUUAUUUUACCUAAGCCUGUUCUUUCUGAGCAGCAACAGCAAAAUAUUUCCUUUGAACAACAGUAUCAAAACGUUCUCCCUCAGUACUCUCAGCAACAUGUUCCCUUUCAAUUACAACAACAAGAUAAUUUUUUCCAACAAUAUCAACAACGUACUUUGCAGCAACAACAACAGCAGCAAAUUGUUCUCACUCGACAACAACAACAGCAAAAUCUUUCUACUCAACAGCAACAGCAAAAUCUUCCUCAGCAACAGGAACAGCAAAUUCUUUCCUUUCGGCAACAAUGGCCAAAUAUUGUUACUACUAAACAGCAACGGAAAGAUGUUUUUAUUCAUCAGCAACAUUAUAUCUGAUUAUGGAAGAGUUAUAAUGAAAUAUUUUGCCGGAUGCAAAAUGAUAAACAUUAUCAUUAUGAGGUCGAGAAAAUAAUAAAUCAUUCUCGUCCGAGUCUAAAGAGAAUAUGUUCAUUAUAUUAUGUAAUUAAUGUUUUUACCUAAUAAAGAAACA